GAGAUGGAGGUAUAAAAGCCGAGUGCAGGCAUUGUGCCUUCCAAAGUCGAGGAGAACAAAGAAGAAGCAGGAGAAAGAGGCUUCGUGGGAUACCAGCGACAGCAGAUACUCGGUCAAAAUGAACGCCAGCCCACCAGCAGGAAGCGCCCUGGCCCCCGGUGGAGCUGCGGGCCCCACCACUCCCAAGAAGGGCCCACCCAAGUUCAAGCAGAGGCAGACUCGCACAUUCAAGAGCAAGGCUCCCAAGCCAGGCCAGAAGGGCUUUGGAGACGACAUCCCCGGCAUGGAGGGUCUCGGCACCGACAUCACAGUGGUGUGCCCAUGGGAAGCCUUCGGCGACAUGGAGCUCAGCGACCUGGCCAAAUACGGCAUCAUCUAAACCUCCUGCCUUCCUGCACCUUUCCUCCGUACCAUCCCCUCCGCCCGGCCUUCUCUCCAUCUCAGCUCGGCGGGCCACCAUAAGGCUGCCAGCCGACCCCCUAAAGCCCUCUCGUCUGACUGCCUCAUGCUUUAAUCCACUAAGUGGAUAUGAUUAUUUUUAUAUUAUUAUUAAUAUAUGAUACUGUUUACAGUAUACGUACUUGAAAUGAGAAGACGAGAAAAAAAAAAACCCACACACCUUUUUCCGUCCCGUCAUCCAUGUAGAGUAGCUCUCUCCUGCCUCUCCUCGCUCCUCAUUCGGCCUCCCCGCGCUCUCUCCCGGCCCUUCACUCCCACGGCGACGGAUGCAAGCCAAACGCUAGCUCAACACUAGCCCGUAUUUGCUUCUAGCUGUCUGUUAAAAUGUAAAUAACAUCCGCUCAGAUUGAACCUUCACACCUUCCUUUUGUACUUUCCUCCAUUUUUCUUUUUCACUGCGUGUGUGUGGUGCGAGUGUGCGAUGUGUGUAUGUGGUGUGUGUGUGUGUGUGUGUGUGUGUGUGUAUGUGGUGUGUGUGUGUGUGCAUGUUUUCUUUUGCUCCAUGUGACCGAGGUUACCUUCAGCACCAAGGAGAGCAUGUAACAUGCUUGGAAGGGGUGAAAGCUACGAUGCACUUUCACACAGUCAUGGAGGAGGACCUCCACCUCCCGUUCUCCCUGCCGCCAUAUGAACCCAGCUCCCCCUAAGAGAAAGUUAAGACAUAAGCUGUAUGGUUUUUUGUCUGUGCUUGGAAGCACAAUACUCCAGAAAAUGUACUGUGAACUGGUGUGUACUAAUAGCUGCCAGUAAAGUGUUUAUUUUCAGCA